UAAUCUUUAGACAUCUUGGAAUGACAUUAACAUACAUGUAAUAUUCCCUGCAAAAUGUGUCAACAUGGGGAGAUUCAUUUAAUAAUUGGAGGGACACUUUCAUUUUGUUGUUUUUAUUAUUAUUGUUAUUAUAAUUAAAUGUCUAUUUAAGAGCUGAAUUAAUGCAAUUAUUUCUUGCACUCAUCUUUUUCCUUUUGUGUUUAGUUUCUGCAAAAGAAGUGUUUUUGAGGUUCUGAAUUAAGAAAUAAUAAUAAUAAUGUGGAAGCUGAAGGUAUCAUCAGAAGAAGGGAAUGGUGAAGAGAGAAUUGGAAGUUGCAAUAAUAGUGUUGGGAGACAAUAUUGGGAGUUUGAUACAAAUCUUGGAAAUCUUGAAGAAAGAGCUGUUGUUGAAAAGCUUAGACAUGAAUUCACCAGUAACAGGUUUCAAGUUAAACAAAGUUCUGAUCUCCUAAUGAGACUUCAGUUUAAAAAGGAGAAAGGUUGUGAGAUGAAAAGAGAAAUGAUGAAAGUGAAAAGUGAAGAAGAGAUAACAGAGGAAGUGGUGGAUUCAACAUUGAAAAGGGCCCUCAAAUUUUACUCAACUCUACAGACUGAUGAUGGGUUCUGGCCCAGUGACUAUGGCGGCCCUUUGUUUCUUCUCCCAGGUUUGGUGAUUAGUUUAUAUGUGAGCGGUGUCCUAAAUGUCAUAUUGCCUGACCACCACCAACAAGAAAUCCGUCGUUAUAUGCUUAACCACCAGAAUGAAGAUGGAGGGUGGGGAUUACAUAUAGAAGGGUCCAGCACAAUGUUCUGCACUGCUUUAUCAUAUGUAACGCUGAGAUUGCUGGGGGAGAAAAUGGACGGUGGGAAUGGUGCCAUGGAGAAAGCCAGAAAAUGGAUCCUUGAUCAUGGUGGGGUCACUUACAUUCCUUCCUGGGGGAAGAUGUGGCUUUCUGUUCUUGGAGUAUAUGACUGGAGUGGGAAUAAUCCGUUGCCCCCAGAGAUCUGGCUUCUUCCCUACUUUGUUCCCUUGCAUCCAGGGCGGUUAUGGUGUCACUCUAGGAUGGUGUAUCUUGCAAUGUCUUAUUUAUAUGGGAAAAGAUUUGUGGGUCCAAUCAAUAGACUUAUUUUAUCAAUUAGGAGAGAGCUCUAUCUUCUUCCCUAUUACCUCAUUGAUUGGAACCAAGCUAGAUCUCUUUGUGCCAAGGAAGACUUGUACUAUCCACAUCCUCUGAUCCAAGACAUUUUAUGGGGCUUUCUUCAUAAGGUUGGGGAGCCACUUCUCACCAAGUGGCCUUUCUCAAGGCUAAGACCAUUGGCUUUAAAUACUAUUAUGCAACAUAUUCAUUUUGAGGAUGAAAGCACUCAUUAUAUAUGCCUUGGCCCUGUUAAUAAGGUUCUAAACAUGCUUUGUUGUUGGGUUGAGGAUCCAAAUUCAGAGGCAUAUAAGUGUCAUCUCCCAAGAAUCAAAGAUUAUUUGUGGAUGGCUGAAGAUGGUAUGAAAAUGCAGGGUUAUAAUGGUUCUCAAUUGUGGGAUGUUGCUUUUGCUGUUCAAGCAAUCCUUGCUACCAACCUUUUUGAAGAACACAGUUCUAUGCUCAAGAAAGCCUACAAUUUUAUUAAAAAUACACAAGUUAGGAGAAAUUGCUCUGAUAAUUUAAGUAAAUGGUACCGACACAUUACUAAGGGGGCAUGGCCUUUUUCAACACCGGAUAAUGGUUGGCCGGUUUCAGAUUGUACAGCUGAAGCUCUCAAGGCUGCAAUUUUAUUAUCUCAAAUGCCACCAGAUGUUGUAGGAGAAGCGAUACCAGCUGAUCGAUUAUUUGAUGCUGUUGAUGUGAUAUUAUCAUUACAAAACAAAAAUGGAGGUUUUGCUUCGUAUGAGCUCACCAGAUCUUAUGCUUGGUUAGAGAUGAUUAACCCAGCUGAACUAUUUGGAGAUAUCAUGAUAGACUAUCAGUAUGUGGAAUGCACAUCAGCUGCAAUUCAAGGCUUGAAAUCAUUCAUGACAUUGUAUCCAGGGCAUAGAAGAAAAGAAAUAGAAGCAUGUCUUACCAAGGCAGUAGGCUUCAUUGAGAGUACACAACAGCCUGAUGGCUCAUGGUAUGGAUCAUGGGGAAUUUGCUACAUAUAUGGAACUUGGUUUGGAAUAAAAGGAUUAGUAGCUGGUGGAAAGAAGUACUACAAUAGUCCUAGCAUCAGAAAAGCUUGUAAUUUCUUACUAUCUAAGCAACUUGCCUCUGGUGGUUGGGGAGAAAGCUACCUUUCAAGUCAAAACAAGGUGUAUACUAAUUUGGAAUGCAAUAAAUCACAUAAUGUAAGCACCGGAUGGGCAAUGUUAGCUCUUAUUGAAGCUGGGCAGGCCGAAAGAGAUCCAUAUCCUUUGCAUCGUGCAGCAAAGGUAUUGAUUAAUUCGAUGCUGGAAACCGGAGAUUUCCCACAACAGGAAAUCAUGGGAGUCUUUAACAAGAAUUGUAUGAUCAAUUACUCCAAUUAUAGGAAUAUUUUUCCUAUUUGGGCCCUUGGAGAGUAUCUCAAACAUGUCAUAUUGCCUUCUAAAGGCCAUUAAGUUGCACAAAAUGAAAAGAAAAAAUACAUGUGAGAAAUGGAGAGUGCAAAUGCUCAUGUAAAAAGAAUUGAUAAUGAACAUUUAAUAAUAUAAUGAAAUUAGACAAAAAUAACAAAUGGUUAUAAUUUUAUUA